AUGGCCGCCCGCUCCCUCCUCCUCUACGCGCUGCUCCUGGACCUCUCCACCGCCGCGCCGUCCCACGGCCUCACUCAAGCGGAUGUUGCGAAACGAUUGAAGGAGGAGCUGUCACAGAGGAACCGUGGGCAUGAGAUGCUCCAAUCAUGGAACGGGGACCCGUGCUCUCCGUCUACAUGGGAAGGGUUCUCUUGCGAACCCAAGGAUGGUGCCCAGGUCGUCGUCAAGCUGAACUUUUCUUCAAAGGACUUGCAAGGGCCGAUUCCUGCAGCGAUUGGAAACUUGACGGAGCUAAAUGAAAUUUAUCUUCAGUAUAAUAACUUCACUGGAUUUAUCCCGGCAUCCUUUUCUGCUCUCAGACACCUGCGGAAGCUCCAUGGAGGAUGUGCUACCCAAGAGUACUAUAGCUCACCUGCUGAAGAGUACCAAAGCCCACCUGCAGUUGCCAGUCAGAAAAUAUUUGUUAUUGGUGGUGUCGCUGGAGGAUCUUUGGCAUGUACUGUUGCACUCGGAUUGUUCUUUGUUUGUUUUAACAAACGUGAACGGCGUUCUCCAAAAAAGGACUGCUCUUCUACAACAAAUCCUGUUUUUCAAGAAUGCAGCAUCGAUAACACUACAAACCCUGCAGUACAACAGUUGUCCCUCAAAUCAAUCCAGACUGCAACAGGCAACUUCAAAACUUUGAUAGGAGAGGGUGGGUUUGGAUCAGUUUAUCGAGGUGCAUUAGCAAAUGGGCAAGAAGUUGCAGUAAAAGUCCGCUCAACUUCAUCGACACAGGGAACACGUGAGUUUAACAAUGAGUUAAGACUUCUUUCUGCUGUGUGGCAUGAGAAUUUAGUCCCACUUAUCGGCUAUUGCUGUGAAAAAGAUCAACAGAUAUUGGUCUAUCCGUUCAUGUCCAAUGGCUCACUACAAGAUCGCCUCUACGGUGAGGCAUCAAAAAGAAAAGUUCUUGAUUGGCCCACGAGAUUGUCUGUUUGCAUUGGUGCUGCUAGAGGGCUAGUAUAUCUGCACAAUUUUGCUGGGCGUUGUAUCAUACACAGAGAUAUUAAAUCAAGCAACAUACUUCUGGAUCACAGCAUGUGUGGCAAGGUUGCUGACUUUGGGUUUUCCAAGUAUGCACCACAGGAAGGUGACAGCAAUCCAUCAAUGGAAGUGAGGGGAACUGCUGGAUAUUUGGACCCUGAAUACUAUUCCACUCAGGUGUUAUCAACCAGAAGCGAUGUCUUCAGUUUUGGAGUAGUCCUGUUAGAAACUGUGACGGGAAGAUAUCCUCUUGAUGUCAAAAGGCCUCGUGCUGAAUGGAGCUUAGUUGAGUGGGCAAAACCUUACAUCAGGGAGUACAAGAUCGAAGAGAUGGUGGACCCUGGCAUAAAAGGGCAAUAUUGCUCAGAGGCCAUGUGGAGAGUGCUCGAGGUGGCAUCUGUAUGUACCGAGCCCUUCUCAACCUUCAGGCCAACCAUGGAGGAUGUCCUCAGGGAGCUGGAGGACGCUCUGAUCAUUGAGAACAAUGCUUCUGAGUACAUGAGGUCCAUCGAAAGCACUGGGACUCUGGGUUCCAACCGCUAUCUGUCCAUUGACAGGAAGAUGUUUGCAUCAGGGUCGGCGCGAAUCGACUCAACUAAGGGACAUGUACAAACAAUGCCCUCGCUUCCGCGGUAA